AUGGCUUCAAUUCCAUAUUCAGAUCAAAACCCUAACCAACAAGAAAACUCCAUAAUUCCAGUGUUAACAGUUUUCAAGAACAAAUCGAUCAUCAAGAACAUCUGCAUCAUUCUCAACGACGACAACGAAGACGAUCACAUCAUUCUCAUCGGUCGUCACCCAACCUGCAACAUUGUUCUCACUCACCCUAGCAUCAGCCGUUUCCAUCUUCAGAUUCGCUUCACUCCCUCUUCAAAAUCCAUUUCGCUUCUCGAUAUAUCUUCUGUGCACGGAACGUGGGUGAGCGGUAGGAAGCUCGAGAGUGGCGUCAGCGUUGAAUUGAAGGGAGGUGAUAGCUUUCGACUUGGGGCUUCCAGUAGGGUUUACCUUCUUCGCUUUGUCUCCCAAUUCGACGCAAAUGCGAUAAAGAACAUUGGUUCUUUAUCUUGUGAUGAUGAUGAAAUUAAGAGCCCGUCAGAAACAUUUGACGAUGAGAAUGACUCCGUUAGAACUGAGACAUCAUGUUGUGAUGGUAAGGAUGAACCGGGUGAAUCUCAAAUCUGUUUUCUAUCUCCACCUUAUGUACAAUCAGUGGAUGAAGCAGAUAGCAGACAAGUAAUUAAAGCUUGUCCCGAAGUAGAGGUGACGGGAGAGACUAGUUUGCUUUGCACAUUGAAGGAAUGUUUUAAACACACCUUAUGUAACCCAGUUGUGGAAGCAAACAAAUUGCACCAACAAUCUUCUGCAGAAAAGAAGUGGAUUGAUCCUGAAGCAUCACUUAAUGAAAAAUGUGGUGCUGCAGUGGAUGUGAUACCUAAAGAAUCUGAUUUUGAGGGUGCAUUCAAAGAUAGUGACAAGAUUGGAGAUAUUUUAACUACAGGAGCAAACUUCUUCAAUUCUGAGGACAUGCCUGAUUCUGAAUCUCAUCAAACCAAUACUGAUGAGGAAGUUUCUGUGGAAUCACUCUCUGAUGGGGAAUCUUUUGAUGAAAUAGUUAAAAAUGUGGACCUUUCAUCAUCUGAUAAAAAUGGUGUUGUUGCUGUGAAUGUAAAACCCAGAGAGCAGAAAUUAGAAUUCUUCUUUGAAGAAAAUGCCAGAAUUGACAAUAUUUUAACUAGUGUAUCAAGUCUUUUCAUUUCUGCAAACAAGUCUUCACUACUUGAGGAAGCAAAUCCUGUAACCAAUUUUCAACAAAACAAGAUUGUUGAAGAAGUUAAUGUUGAUUCACUGUCUGAUGGAGAAAAAGAAAAUAAUUGUGACACAGAGUUGCAGGCAUACCAGAAUUUUAAACCUUGUGAUGAAGGUAACUCACUGGAGCAAACAGUUGAAGAUACUGUGAAAUCCUUUCAAACAGAGUUACUGAAUCCUUCAGUAGCUCAGGAGGCUGAUUUAGAUAUUACAGACAAGGAGAAUAGAACCCCGCAAUCUCUCGUUGCUGUGGCUGGAUGCUUUGAUUUGGACUAUGAAAGCUGUGUAGUAGACUCAGCACAGAGAAGUUCUCCUUGUGAUGAAGAAGGUAACUCACUUGAUGAAACAGUUGAAGAUACUGUGAAAUCCUUUCAAACAGAGUCACUUAAUCCUUCAGUAGCUCAGGGGGCUGAUUUAGAUAUUACAGACAAGGAGAAUAGAACCCCACAAUCUCUGGUUGCUGUGGCUGGAUGCUUUGAUUUAGACUAUGAAAGCUGUGUAGAAGACUCAGCACAGAGAAGCUCAACAUUUGCUUGUGAUAAGGCUGUGAGUGCGCCUCAGAAUCAAACCAGGAAGAGCAGAUUAUUGAACACACCUAAUGUUGAUACUAAAUUUGUAAUGAGUAAUUUGAGGGAUAUCAGUGUCCUAAAUAAACCAAUGCGAAAGGAUCUUUUCUCUGUCUCGGAUGAAGAAGAAAUGUGCACUCCAACUAAGGAAAACCUAGAAGAUAGUAAAAAUUCCGAGUCACAGAUGUCAAAGAAUUUGUUGAAGGCUAGUUUUAGUCCCAACUUCUAUUCCGCGGAAAGAAGUACAAGUGCCUUUUCAAACAAAGAGAACCUGACUCCAAGAGAAGCUCAACAAUGGCAGUCAGAGAGAAGGCCUCUUGAGUGUCAUGAUACUGCGGGGUUAAGAAAAAAGAGAGCGGAGCGGACACCCUUACGGUUACUAAUGAAUUCUGCAGACAAUCACAAUUCGGCAAACUCAAGUCCUGUUUAUAGUCCUUUUUCUGCAAAAGAGAACCUGACUCCAAGGGGAGCCCAACAACGGCAGUCAGAGAGAAAGCCUCUGGAGUGUCAUGAUACUGCAGGGUUAAGAAAAAAGAGAGUGGAGCGCACACCCUUACAGUCACUAAUGAGUUCUGGAAGCAAUCACAAUUCAGAAAACUCAAGUCCUUUUUAUAGUCCUUUUUCUGUUGCAAAAGAGAUACCCUUACAGUCACUAGGGAGAUCUGGAGGCAAUCGUAGUUUGGCAAACUCAAGUCCUUUUAAUAGUCCAUUUUCUGCUGCAAAAUCCAUUCUUGGCGUCACUGCUAGAACCAGUAGUUCUAGAACCAGUAAUUCGAGACACAUUUCAGACAAGCACAGUGAAUCUUCUACUGUGAGUGAAGAGCGAAAGAGAAGCUGGGAUAUGGUUGUAGACACUGCUUCUCUUCUGAACAAGGAGUCAAGAAAGGCUUUGCAGCUUCUACAAGGUCUCAAGGGGACUCGGUUAAUCAUUCCACAAUCAGUCAUAAGAGAAUUGGGCAGCAUGAAGCAACAGAUUGGAGUUUUUAGAAGGAUUCCAGAGGCUACUAAGGCCUUGGAAUGGAUUGAAGAAUGCUUAGGAAAGACAAAGUGGUGGAUUCAUAUCCUUGACUGUGCUUUUCCUAUUAUUGAAGAUCAGAUCCUUGACUGUGCUCUUCAAUAUAGAAGCAAAGAUAAUGCUGGACAACUUGUCCUUCUUAGUGAUGAUAUCACCUUGAAAAUCAAAUCCAUGGCGAAGGGACUGCUAUGUGAGACAGUGGAGCAAUUUCGUCGGAGUUUAGUGAACCCUUUUUCUGAGAGGUUUAUGUGGGCUAACAGCGCUCCUAGGGGACUGACUUGGUCUUGCCAAGAUGAUGUGGUUUUAAGGGAGAAAUAUUGCCGUUUCCCAUCAAAGGCUGGUUUGAAGGUGCUUGUCACUUAA